GCCGGCUCUCUCAGCGCUCAUCACUUCUUCCACUCCAAACCGCCGGAGCUCUGCUGUCUGGUGGUCGACAGCGGCUUCUCCUUCACACACAUCGCUCCCUACUGCCGCAACAAGAAGAUGAAGGAGGGCAUCCGCAGGAUCAACGUCGGAGGGAAGCUGCUGACCAAUCACCUGAAGGAGAUCAUUUCCUAUCGGCAGUUACACGUCAUGGACGAAACUCAUGUGAUCAACCAGGUGAAGGAGGACGUCUGCUACGUCUCACAGCACUUUUAUAAAGACAUGGAGAUCUCACAGAUGAAGGGCGAGGAAAACACGGUGGUGAGGGAUUACGUUCUUCCAGAUUUCAGCUCCAUCAAAAAAGGCUUCUGCAAGCCGCGAGAGGAGAUGGUCUUCAGUGGAAAGUACAAGACCGGAGAGCAGAUCCUGAGGCUGGCCAACGAGCGCUUCGCCGUCCCUGAGAUGCUCUUCCACCCGUCAGACAUCGGCAUCCAGGAGAUGGGAAUCCCAGAGGCCAUCGUGCACUCCAUCCAGUCCCUGCCCGAAGAGAUGCAGCCGCACUUCUACCAGAACAUCGUCCUGACGGGAGGAAACACGUUGUUUCCCGGCUACAGAGAGCGGCUGGAGGCGGAGCUGCGGUCGCUCGCCCCCGCUCACCUGCCCGUGUCCGUCCUGCAGCCUGAGAAUCCCAUCUGUUACGCGUGGGAGGGCGGGAAGCUGCUGGCUCACAGUCCCGACUACGACGAGGUCGUGGUGACACGAGAGGACUACGAGGAGAACGGACAUUUUAUCUGUGAGGAGAAGUUUGAUAUUUGACUGGAGUGAAACUAACGGCUGCAGAUUGUUUUGCAUCGUCACGGAUGUGAAAAACAUCGCUGUCUUUAUGGAUCAGAAGAAAUAAAAGCUGCAAACUCGCCUGCAGGACAAACAGGAUCUGCGUCUGCAGUGCAAACUGCAUUCAAAAAACAAAAAUCUUUCUUUUUACACUCGCGUAUGUGCUGAUCGGCCUCCUCACAGGUCAACACGUGCACUUCGGUUAUCAGAGUUUAUAACGACAUUUUGUUGAGACGACUGGUAACUCAUGAGUAUGAUUUUAAAAAAUGUUCAUAGAAAUAUUUCAAUUGUCAAUUAACAUUUAAAUAUGCGUCGUCUCCUCCUUGGUCUCCUAUUUUUUUAAGUUUCUGUUUUAAGUUUUGCUAUUUUUAUCUUUAAUUUUAUCUCCAGUAGCCUACGAGAGACCCUCAGCAGUUUUGGCUUAAGGAGCAAAAUCAUUUAAACUGAUUUUUUUGUUCAAAAAGUAAAUAAGAAUAUUACUUUCUAAGGAGCAAAGUUUUACCCGUCUUACUGGAACGCAUAUGCAGUUUGGGAGGGAACUUCUUUUCUCCUUUAAAAGUGAACUUGAAAAGUUUUGGUGAUUUUUUUCCUAAAAGUUUUUGAUGAUUAAAGAAAAAAAAAGUAAAGAAUUUUUUUUUUUUGCGCCUCACAGCAGGAGGGUCUCAGGUCAAAGCCGGGUGGGGCGGGGAUCAGACCUGCGG